GCAAUGCUUCUUCUACACCCAUAUAUACUCCCAUUGUCCCCAUAGGCUGCUGAUUUGCGGGAGUUAGACAGAGCCAGAGCCAAAAUGAGCAAGCCUGUGAAGAUAGGGCCAUGGGGCGGAGCCGGUGGCGAUGAGAGAAAUGUACAGGCAAUGCCCCGUCGACUGGUUAGUGUGACCAUCCACAGCGCAGAAGGAAUUGACGGGAUCUCCUUCACCUAUGUGGGCAGCGAUUACGUCCAGUACACCGAGGGCCCGUGGGGUCGCACUCUCAACACUGAAAGCACGAUUACUAUCGACCCUACCGACUAUGUCACGGAAAUCUCGGGGACCUUUGGCACAGCUUAUGACAACACCAUCGUGACGUCCCUUAAAAUUGCCACCUUCAAUGACCAAUAUCCCGUAACAUACGGUACACCUAACGGGACUCCUUUCCACAUCCCGGUGCUGAAUGGGGGCAAGGUUGUCGGGUUCUUCGGACGCUCUGGCGACUUGCUAGACGCGAUUGGGGUAUACAUACAUCCAUGAACAUUUCUCGGUGAGGCACUUCUCCGGCCACCUACUCACCGGACGAAGAGGAAGGAAGGAGCAGGUGUCGUACAUGCCAAUAAAUAAUCCUAUUGUAUAUGUUUCAUGUGUUUUCUUGCACUUUAGUUUACUACUAUCACUUUCGUAAUGUGCUUUGCAUGGCACUGGUGUGUGUGAGUCGUGGUAACGUACUAGUGUGUGGCACCACUAUCCAAGUCGUGGGAUGGUACGUCAAGUGUGUGUGGAUCGUGUCGCAUGUCAUUUGGCUGGCUGGAUAAAGCCGUUGUGUGGUAAAUCAAAUAU